CAUGCGCACAGUUGCAAUGCGAUUCGAUAAGAGUGGGCACCAUGCAAGCCUUGAAAUAUUCGCACCGGCUGCCGCAGCCGAUUUACCAGCCCUUCAAAAGACAUAAUGCAACGUUCGCGGGCAAGCAGCACAAGUAGCGGACGUGCGACGCAAAUACAGCAACCAACUACCCAGCCGUUGGAGGCGCCAAAGAUAAUUGUUAUACAUCCGGGGUCGCAGCAUUUGCGCAUUGGACGCGCUGCCGACCUCAAUCCGCUGACCAUUCUGCAUGCGGUAGCCUACAGACGAGUACCUCAGGACGGAGUUGCCCCGUAUCAUGAUCCAUUGUUGCCGCCGCUGGACAGCCUCAACCCAACCCGGCUUCAGGCGGAGUUCGAGGAGCAGCGGCUGGCCGUUUCCCGUUUGCUGCAGAACUGCGUGGUCGAUGAGGCCAAUCGUUUGCGUGUCGCCACGCCGCCUCAACAGCUGGCGCACUUCAAUCGUAGCAGCGUCGCGGAGCCAGUACCGCCUCCUGUGCCGCCCGAGGAGCAUGCGAACUGGCACAGCGAAGCGCCACUACUCUUCGAUGAGCAAAUCCUCCGCCUGAACGCUAGCGAUGCCGAAAAUUACGACAUUCACUUCCCCAUCCAGCGCGGCGAGCUGAACGUGCAUGGCGGAAAGGGCGGCUCCCUGCAGUCUACGUUGUCCCACCUGGAGCACAUCUGGUCGUACGCGCUGGAGCAAUGCCUGGGAAUAUCACUGCGAGACCUGUGCACGCACAGCGCCGUGCUCGUCGUCAACGACGUCUAUGUGCGAAGGCAUCUGCGCGAAGCAAUGACGCUGCUGCUGCAGCGGAUGGGCUUUCAGCGCUGCUUCCUCGUUCAGGAUAGCGUAGCGGCCACCUAUGGUGCAGGCAUUGGCUACGGCUGUGUGGUGGACAUUGGCGCCCAAAAGACCUCCAUUGCCUGCAUCGAGGAUGGCAUCUCCCAGCUUGACGCACGCGUCCGCCUCAACUAUGGCGGUGGCGACAUCGACCAGGUACUGCUCAUGCUGUUGCGCAAGUGCGGAUUCCCCUAUCGCGAGUGCUGCGUGGAGCAAAGCUACGUGGACGCUCAACUGCUGGACGAGCUGAAGGAGCGAUUCUGUCAUCUGAAUGCCAACGUCUGCGGGGCGCAGGAGAAGCACUUCACGCUGCGCCAGCUGCACGGCCAGUGGGUGCGCUACACCAUCCAAGUGGGCGACGAGGCAAUCAUGGCGCCCCUGGCGCUCUUCCACACUGAGCUUCUGAACAUAACGGGGAAGACGCGGGCUGUGCACACCCAGCAAUCGGCGCAGGAGCAGUACGACUGCGAGGAUUGCUGCGACGCCGAGUACCUGCGCGAGACGGGACGACGCAACGGCGUGCGUGCCGGAGACAUGAGCAUCAUGGGCAACUCUUCCGUGCCCAUACUCAAUUCGGCUAAGCCGCCACAGCUGCCAAUCACUGCCGACGACGAGGAGUUGAUUGUGGUCGACCAGGACGAGACGACGGUCAGCAGCAAUAGUAAUUCGCAGCAGCAGCAGCAGCAACAGCAGCAGCAGUCGCUCCAGCAGCAGCAUCCCAAGUCGAGCAACUCUUGGUACUUCAAUGCAGGCGGCCAGAUAGUGUCACUCGACCAGGCGGUGAUCCGCUCGAUUGGUCGCUGUGGCAGCUAUGAGACACGUCGCAAGAUGUUCGGCGCCAUUCUGCUGGUGGGCAGCAGCGCCAAGAUGCGCGGACUGGCCGCCUGGCUGGAGCAGCGCAUCAGCCAGCAGGUUCCGCCCGGCCUCGAGGUCAACGUGUUCAGCAAGGGCAUGGACGUGGGCAUGGUCGCGUGGAAGGGUGCCGCCAUCAUGUCGGUUCUGGAGAGCGCACGCGAGCUCUGGAUCACCCAGACGGAAUGGCAACGCUACGGCCUGCGCAUCCUGCGCGAAAGGUCGCCCUUUCUCUGGUAGAGUUACGAAUUGAGAAGCAAUCAACCGUAUUUUUUAUAUCAAACGUGUAUAGUUCAAAUUAUGUAUUUAUGCAUUUAACAAAUUUUACGAGUUUUUUAAGCGCCCAUUGUUUCGAACCAUGCUUCGAAAAUUGUAAACAAAGCUCAGAAACAAUUCCA